CUGGGAAACACUGACAGAGUUUAUCAUGCACCUGGGGAAGGAAGGUUUGUGCGUGGUGGAUGAAACACCCAAAGGUUGGUAUAUUACCUACAUAGACAGAGAUCCACAGACCCUGGCCCGGCAGGAAGCCAUUGCUAAGUAA